CCAGGCCAGCGGGCGGGGACCAGGCUAUAGGGAGCGGUCCUGGGCUUUGAGGAGACUUGCUUGUCGGUCCAGACCCGCUGGGACCAUUCCCCACAGCAAAGAUGCUCCUGGGGGUUCCGAGAGGCCGCAAGAGCCAGUUUAAACACAUCAUCCAUGGCCUUCUACCUGCAGCCAGCAUUGCACCGAAGCCAGCUGUGCCCCGCACACCUCCUCCCCGCAGCCCCAACCCCUCUCCAGAGAGACCGAGGUCUGCUCUAGCUGCAGUCAUUCUAGCAACAACAUUGACUGGCCGGACUGUUGCCCUUCCUCAGCCACAACGGAUAUCCCAGUCUGAGAGUGACGUGACUCACCUUGAAAAUGACAGUUUCAUCAUGCCCUAUGCCACCACCUCAGAGCUGAGGCAUCAACCAAACUGGCAGAGUGAGACAGGAAGAAGUUCUUUGCCAUCCUUCGAAAUGCUGGGCCAUGGGGAGGAAGAGGACACUGACUCGCACCUGUCAUCUAGCAACAAGGAGUCCUCAGAAGUCAGUGCUCAUAAGGAAGAGGGAAGAACUGGCGAUGCUGUGUAUACCACGCCACGCAGAAAUCAGCAAAAGGUUCCAUUGUCACAUGGGGUGGACAGUGAAGAUGAGGAAAAUAUUUCUGAGCAAGAUCCAACUUUUAUACCACAGCAUACACAAGAAAAAGAUGGUGAACAUUCUGUUCUGACUUUAAAGGAUGAAAAAACACCAUUAUGUGGAAAACCUCCACCCUCCCCAGAUAUAACUGGUAAAACACGUCAACGAUGUAUAGAAAUAACCAAAGAAAAGUUUGAGAAAUUAAAAGAAGAAAAUUUGCAUCUGAACACAACAAACCAAACACUUACUCUUGAACUUAACAUAGUAAAACAAGCAAUGAAAGAACUACAAUUAAAAUUUAAGAGAAGAGUAAAAGAAAAUGGAAAGCUGAAAGAGGCCGAGAAGGCAUCCUCUAAGGAAGUAGUUGCUGCACCUGAAUUACUUUAUCUAAGAAAACAAGCUCAAGAACUGGUGGAUGAAAAUGAUGGGUUGAAAAUGACUGUCCAUCGUUUGAAUGUAGAACUGAGCAGAUAUCAAACAAAAUUCAGGCAUUUAUCGAAGGAAGAGAGUAUAAAUAUUGAAGGCCUACCAUCAAAGGGCCCUAUACCACCCUGGUUGUUGGAUAUAAAGUACCUGUCACCCUUGUUGCUGGCUUAUGAAGACCGAAUGAAAGAAAAAGACGAGCUCAUUUCCACCCUUCAGGAGGAAAUGAGAAUGUUCAGGAUGCGUGUCCAAGAAGUGGUGAAAGAAAAUAAAGAAUUGCACCAACAGUUAAACAAGAAUGGUACUGUUACCAGUGAGGAAUGGCAUCGGCUUCAGACUCAGGCGGAAUUGGUUUUAGAGGAAAACAGGUUGUUGGUAGAGCAGCUGGAGAUUCAGCAAAGAAAAGUCAAGGACACCCACCAGGAGCGUCUCCAGGAAGUUUCUAAGCUGACUAAACAACUAAUGCUUCUGGAGACUAAAACACAGAGCCAAGAAAAGGAGCUAACGAAAAGCAAGAAGCAACUGGAGAAUUUAUGUACCGAAUGCCAAGAACUGAAAACACAGCUGGAGGGCAAAAUAGCAAUGAAAGUUCAUACUUCAAUUGUAAAUGAAUUACAAAGCCGGUUGCAGAAGGAAGAUGAGAAAGAAAGUGCUGAAAUGGAAGAGUUGAUGGAAAAGUUGACGGUCCUGCAAGUGCAGAAGAAGAGUUUGCUGUUAGAGAAGAACAACUUGACAGCUAAAAACAAAGCGCUGGAAGCUGAACUCGAAAGGGCACAGAAAACAAAUAGGAGAUCUCAAAAAAAAAUUGACGGCCUCAAAAAGCAGGUUGAAAAAGCCAUGGAGAAUGAAAUGUCUGCCCAUAAGUACCUGGCAAAUCUCGUUGGCCUGGCGGAGAAUAUCACUCAGGAACGUGACAGUCUUAUGUGUUUGGCCAAAUGUUUAGAAAAUGAGAAACAUGGAGUUCUCGACAAAAUUAUAAAAGGCAAUAUUCGCAUGGGAAGGUUGGAGGAAAAAGUCAAGGGGUACAAGAAGCUGGCUGCACUGAAGCUGGAUGACAUUAGUCACUGUCUGACAGAGCAGCAGGAGGACUUUGCUAGCAAGACCGCUCAGUACCAGCAGGAGAUGCGGCACCUCCAUCGGAUGCUGCAGGACAAGCAGGAUAUCCUGGAUGAGGCGCUGCAGGAGAAAAGAGCAGUGGAAGGUGAGCUUGAAGUUGUUUGGGAGUCUACCUCCAAGGAAAACCAAAGAAUCCGAGAACUUCUCCGGGCGACACUGGAGAGGACAGGCGUGUGGACCGGCACCAGAGCCUCCGAGGAUCCCCGCCUCGAGGGCCUCGCUCAGGGCGACGUGCUGGAUGGCUGCAGCCUCAGCUACUGUGACAUGAAGCCGCCUCCCUCCCCCCGCCAGGGUCUGCAGGAGCCCCUGGGCUAGGACCUGGGCCCGAAAAGUCUGCCUUGCCCAGAACUGGAAAAGGCAAACUCCCACCUAACAGUGUUUUCCUCUCAGGGCCAGGAAGAAAUAAACUGUCUCAGAAGCUUAA